AUGUUGGGCAAAAUUUCAGUUUACCUCAAAGAAAGGAGGCCCACAAAACCUCACAGCAGAUUGGUGAUGGUGAAUCUGAAAGUGGUUGAGUAUUUGGAUCCUCAGAUCAAGGCUUUAUGGUAUCCCAAGGAGCCCGACACAAAGAGGGCCAGUCAAAGUAAAAAAUCCAUCUCACAAAAAGACAGUGCCAUACCUACGAACUUUUGCUGGCACUUCUGGAACUUCAGUUAUCACAAAGCGGCUGGACCCUGUGAGACUGUCAGCAAGCUUCAAGGAUUAUGCCACCUGUGGCCGAGACCAGAGAUCCACUCAAAAGAGCAAAUUCUGGAACUGUUUGUGCUAGAACAGUUUCUGACCAUUCUGCCAAGGGGGGUGCAAUCUCAGCUAGAGAAGCAGCAUCUGUAGAGCAUUGAAGAGGCAGCGACCCCAGCUGAGCACCCGCAGAGGGACUCUGAGGAAGUGAGGAAUGGGGGCACCAGCGCCCUUUAUGCCCUUAAAUUAUUUUUUCCAUUUACAGCAUUAUUUGUGCUCUCUAGACACAAGGUGAUUUCCUGUCUAGAACAAGGGGAAGAGCCAUGGGUUCAAGGUUCCUCAGACUUCAAAGACAGUCCCAUAGAAUCUCCUGCAGGGCUGAAGCAGAAAGUUGACACUGAAAGUCACCAGCCUGCACCUCUUUCUGAGACACAAACACCAAUGUCAAAAAAGCCCAAAGUGAAAGUUUCCCAGAAAGCAACAGUCAAACAAAAUCCUAGUGAGACACACAGAGCAAGGAAAUGCCAACAAGACUGUCCAAUGAAGAAAAGAAAGAAAUUUUCAACAUGGGCACAAGAGCUGCUGAGACUCAUGGAUCUUCACGAGAAAGAGGUGCAGGAGAGAGACUUUUCAAUGCAGGAGUGUGGGAAAAGCUUCAGAGUCAGCUCUGACCUUAUUGAACACCAGAGGAUUCACACUGAAGAGAAGCCUCUUCGGUGUCAAGAGUGUGGGAAGAGGUUCCGAUGGAGCCCAGACCUUAGUAAGCACCUAGCACCACACCAAGGGCUAAAACUGUACAAAUGUUCGUGGUGUGGGAGAAGCUUCAGUCAGAACACAAAUCUCCACACACACCAAAGAACUCAUGCAGGAGAAAAGCCUUCAUGUCAGGAAUGUGGGGGAAAAUUCAGCCAGAACUCCCAACACACCGGUCAGCAGCCGUACACAUGCAAUAUGUAAAGAAGCUUCAGUAGACAGUCAAGCCUUCUCAGACACCAGAAACUCCACCAAGGAAGAGACGCUUGUCCAGUGUCCUCAGUCUGAAGAAAGUCACCAAAUAGAGCUCGGCUCUGAAGUUGAGAAAUUCAAAAUUAGGAGGCAUGAAGAACAACAUUUCAUCAGAUAUCUUGGAGACAAAAACGUGCUUUACAGAAAGGAAUCAGGGUUUGCUCUAUAGGAAAUCUGUUACUUGUGCCGUCUGCUAUUUUUAGCUAGACUUCUCAGAAAAGUUCUUAGCGAGAGCUUUAAGAGCAUCUAAAUAAGAAAGGGGGCUGUUUGGAGAUCGUAUCGGGACCUACUAACUUCAACUUUGUGUGUCAGAGUCCCUCAACCCACAGUCUGUGGUCACAGCUAAUAUCAGUCUUGGAACAGAGAGAGUAGAAACACCUGGAGCACAGACUUCUACGAGAAAAAGCAUUAACAUGUGUUUCUGUGCAAAUCAUAGCAGAGCAGAGAUGAAACCUAAUGAAAAGUUUUGUAUUGUUAACAAA